AUAGAAUGCCGGGAAAGGAUGGCUGACGGCGGCGGUGAUGCGGCAGGGAAAAGGAAAUCAUUUGUUGAUGUAUUGUUGACGCGGCAAGCAGAGGAACCUGAGUAUUACAAAGAUGAAAUUAUCAGAGGUCUCGUGUGGGAUAUCUUAGCAGCAGGAACAGACACAUCAGCUGCAACAAUGGAAUGGACACUCUCACUACUUCUAAACCACCAACAAGUACUGCAGAAAGCGCAAGAAGAAAUCGAUGACAAGGUGGGAUUUGAGAGACUAGUUGAAGAAUCGGAUAUGGCUGACCUCCCCUAUUUGAAUUGCAUAAUAAAGGAAGCAAUGAGAAUGCACCCCGUUGGCCCUCUGGCGCUCCCACACGAGUCCUUAAAGGAAUGCACUAUAGCAAGCUAUCACAUCCCGAAAGGGACAAUGUUGUUGCUCAACUUGUAUUCGAUCCAAAGAGACCCCGAAUACUGGGAUGAGCCGAAACGGUUCAAGCCAGAAAGAUUUGAAGACUUUAAAGUAGUUACAACUGCUAAAGAAAAUGGGUACAAAUGGAUGCCUUUCGGGUCUGGUAGGAGAGGCUGUCCGGGAGAAGCACUGGCAUGGCGAAUGAUUGGGUUGUCAUUGGCGUCGAUUAUCCAAUGCUUUGAUUGGGAUAGACUUGGAAGCGAAUUGAUAGAUAUGAGUGAAGGACCUGGUUUGACUAUGCCCAAAGCAAUGCCUUUGGUGGCUAAAUGCAAAACGCGACCUUUUGUCACCAAGCUCCUUUCUACCUAUUAAACAUGAUUUGCUUGUGUUUUUGUUGUUUUAUAAAUAUGUUUUUCAUUUGAAAUUAUUGUCAUGUAAUAUUUAUAAACCACACAUCAUCAAAUCGGAUUGGAAUAUGGUGUAGUUACCCUAGUGUGGUGUACCUACUUGCUUAACCAAAUGGAAUCUAAUUAAUAAUUUUAUUUUCGUGAUAGAAGACUAUCAUAUAUAUAGAUGAUGUAACAUCCAAUUCCUCUCCCCUUCUUUUAUUUGACUUUCCG